UUAGACAAGGCACCCAGCCCACAGAGGCAGGGCCCUUCUUUGUGAUUGGUCUAAACUUUGAUAAGACCCACACCAUUACUUAACCCUCUGGGAGUGAGAGUCCAGUUGUGAAACAGCAUGGCAACUGCAGGGAAGAUAAUCCGGUGCAAAGCUGCAGUAGCAUGGGAGGCUGGGAAACCUCUCAUGAUGGAGGAGGUGGACGUGGCACCUCCUAAGGCUGGGGAGGUUCGCCUUAAGGUUGUGGCCACAGGGAUCUGUCACACGGACUCCUACACACUGAGUGGCUCUGACCCUGAGGGGGUUUUCCCCGUCGUGCUGGGCCAUGAGGGAGCUGGUAUUGUGGAGAGCGUCGGAGAGGGAGUCGUCAAAUUUCAACCAGGGGACACGGUGAUACCCCUGUAUGUCCCACAGUGUGGAGAGUGCAAGUUCUGUAAAAAUCCUAAAACCAACUUGUGUCAAAAGAUCAGACUCACCCAGGGCAAAGGCUUAAUGCCUGAUGGGACGACUCGUUUCUCCUGCAAAGGCAAGAGCCUCUUCCACUUCAUGGGCUGUAGCACAUUCUCUGAGUACACUGUGGUAGCUGAGAUCUCCCUGGCCAAAGUGGACCACAGGGCCCCUCUGGACAAGGUUUGUCUGCUGGGCUGUGGCAUCACCACCGGUUAUGGAGCUGCUUUAAACACUGCCAAGGUGGAGGCUGGGUCAACCUGUGCAGUGUUUGGCCUGGGAGCGCUGGGCCUCGCUGCAAUCAUGGGCUGUAAAGCAUCAGGGGCAGCCAGGAUUAUUGGAAUCGACCUCAACCCUGACAAAUUUCCAACUGCUCGCAAGUUUGGGGCCACAGACGUGGUGAACCCAAAGGACCACAGCAAGCCAAUCCAAGAGGUCCUGGUAGAGAUGACAGAUGGAGGUGUGGAUUACUCCUUUGAAUGUGUGGGCAAUGUGGCAAUCAUGAGAGCAGCCCUGGAAGCCUGCCAUAAAGGAUGGGGCACCAGCGUCAUCAUCGGCGUGGCAGCUGCCGGACAGGAGAUCUCCACCCGGCCCUUCCAGCUGGUGACCGGACGCACCUGGAAAGGCACUGCCUUCGGAGGAUACAAGAGUGUGGACAGCGUUCCCAAACUGGUGGAGGAGUAUAUGAACAAGAAGCUCAAAGUGGACGAAUUUGUGACUCACACUUUGCCCUUUGAGAAGAUCACAGAUGGUUUUCAUCUGAUGCAUGCUGGGAAAUGCAUCCGUGUCGUCCUGAAGUUCUAGAUGCAAAGGAGCAAAGAAAACUAUGAUGUCACUCCAUGUUUACUCUGCUAAGUUUAAUAAAUAAUCUUUCAGUUCCCUGUC